CCGCAUCUGAUUGAUCCCUGAAAGGAUCCACCCCAAUUGGGCAACAAAAGCCUGGAUAAGUCUGACGGGCUAGAGACUCACCGUAUUAUCUGGUUUGGAAUGACAAUGCUCAUUGUCAUGUGUGCUCUAAACAUCUAACACGGACCUUUACCUCGUCCUGGAUUUCAAUCGAAGUUCAAGCCGUAGACCUACUUUCAGUCGAAUGCAUUUCUGCAAUGGACAGACACCGGUACCAGAAGGGUACAUCGCUGGAUCCCAUCAUCCUGGACGACGAUGGGGACGGUGAAACCCACGGGGAUGAAUGUGCCCAUUCUCACUCUUCAGGAUUGAGGCUGAUGAGCCAGCUUCCUACAAGGGAUGGCCAGAGUGCUGGCCAAAGUGAGAGCACGAUUGCUUCAAAGGACGCUUUAGCCUCGGGCCCCGCAGACCAGAGGCAAACUCCCACUACGGGUCGCCAUGAAAAACGCAUUGUAUCUGAACCGCACCACUCUGCAGGUGCGCUCCGCGAGGUUGGACCGGACCUGCAAAAAGUCUUCGUGGAAAAAUUACCACAAGGUCUACCACAAGAUCGCCGCAGUACUCUGGAGCAGAAGACAGGCUUGAUUUCCGAGGCGACGGUUGAGGCAUGUCUUUUGAAGCAUUUGACGGCGCUUCAUGAGGAACACGCUAUUACGGUAAAGGAGGCAAUGGAGAGGUCGAGGAUGUCUCUAUUCUCACGUCCUUCAUCUCCGGCAGAAACUGCUCAGCAGAUCGAUCCGUUUGCUGAUAUGCCUUCAGUUGUGGUAGGCGGCGAUCCCACAGACAAGGGAUCGAAGGCGAGUACACCUAUCUAUAUCACAUCGUUUGAAUCGUCCGCCAAAUCCAUCCCGUUUCAUCGUCGGCAUCUGAGCUUCCCGCAAAGCGCGUUGGCCGAGAACAAUUGGAAACUGGACGUUAUUCCAUACUUUGACGAUGACAACGACAAGUCUAAACAUGCACUGUUCUGGGAGGAAUUGAAGGACAAGUAUGACGUCUCCGAUAUUAAAAAUCGUUCCGCCGAUGGUUUGCGUGCAUUGCGGUAUGACUUUCACCAUCGCUGUGUGGAAGCGGUCUUCGAAGAAGUGGGCGUAAACUGGGAAUCGACAUUGUUUUGGUUCCUGGCCCCCGGGAAAAAACUACGCCGUAUUUUUGCGAGCUCAACCCCCAACCAAGAGCGAGAAGAAGAAUUCAAAGCGUACCUCCAUAACCGCCAUGAGUGCGAAGAAUCCGAAAAGAGGAGUAGGAAAGAAUGGGCAGCCAUACUUGCACGACUUCCGGCACCCGCAUAUCAAACUUUGUGGGCUUGCGCCCUUGUCUGCAAACCCUUCAAGAGACAUUGGUUCAGCAUGUGGGAACUGGCUCAACGAAGCCAACCAGCCGAAAUGCAUCUCCGGAAUACAUAUCUGCUUUCAGAAAAUGCCUCACAGUUGGAGAAAACUAACCAAUUCCUCACAGGAAUUUGCGGCGUAUGUUAUCAGUUCGACUGCUUACUGCACGGAGAAUUGGUGGAGGAUGCAAAACCUUCCAAGAAGCACAACUCUGCUGGCAGGGCUGAGGCGCAUGACUCUAAAAAGCAGGGGCAAGAAUAUUUCGAAAUUUCUAUCGUCGACCCCGUGGUCAACUACAAGCGUAUAGUCAACGCACGUAUUCGAAUUCCGUCGAGGUCCACUUCCGCAAAAUUCAACGUCAGGAAUUGGUUGCACACUGGCGAAUGGGAAUCUCGGGAAACCUUUUUCCCAUGUGACCACCCAGGUAGUUGCAAAGAUGCACGGUGCCGCUGCUUUAUGAAUAACAUCCUCUGCGAGAAGACAUGCGGCUGUGCAGAACGUUGCCGACGGCGCUAUCCAGGUUGUUCGUGCGCACAGAACGGCUCCGGAGACGUUUGCGGUGCGUCGACAAGCUGUGAAUGCCGCCAGUUGAAGCGGGAAUGUGACGCCGACGUUUGUGGGGGUUGUGGUGCAGCUGAGGUGCUGGAUCCCAGGAACCGUGAGGAGGAGGAUGUGGGUGUCUCCAGAUGCUGUAAUGUUGACAUUCAGCGGGGUGUACCCAAGAAGACACUUGCGGGUCAGUCAACACUGCACGGCAUUGGGCUGUUUACUGCGGAGAAUGUCGAGAAGGGGGAUUUUCUGGGCGAAUACACUGGCGACCUGAUCACGGUUGCAGAGGGGGACCGUCGGGGCACUAUCUAUCCUUACCAGGGGCUUGAAUAUCUUUUUCAACUCAACCGAAACCAGGAAAUCGACGCUACCCGGGCGGGCAGCAACAUACGAUUCAUCAAUUGCUCUCCUAAGGCGCUGGCUAAUUGUGAAGUACGAGUGCUGCUCUGCAACACUGUUCUACGGAUUGGAUGCUUUGCCAAUCGGAACCUUGGCCCUGCCACGGAGCUGCUCUUUGAUUACAAUUACCCAGAUGACAAAAUGCAGACUUUCGUCCAACCAAAGGGAGUGGCGAGUCCCGUCAAAGAACACAGUGCUGCUCCGCAACAAGUGGACAUCGGCUCAAGUGUUACCCAGCACAAACUCUCGGCAGGGAAAAGUGCUGGUGCGAGGGUGGUUACGAAGCCCAAAAGCCUUCCUAAAGCCUCGUCGUCAACUAAGAAUAUUAACGGGGCACGCAAGUCAGGAAUGGCUCGGGAGGUAGGGCUCCGGGAUGAGGCGACCCCAGUAGCUGACACCAACACGAACCAGACCACUAUACGCGUGCAGAGCAAAUCCUCCAGCACGAACUUCAACACUUUGGAAAAGAAUUCCCGGAGGUGUCCGGGCGACGACGACGACGACGACGACGAUGAAGAAUACGUGGAUGAAACACCGUCGGAAUCAGGAGACAGCUACGUGGAUGCAACUCCGUCGGAAACAGAUGACACCGAUCAUAACGAAGCCAACGCAAAUCGGCACCAUCCCUCAAGAAGGUCUCUUGGAGCCCGGACGUCAAGUGAGAGUAGGAAACCCCUUCCAGCGCAAACAGCCGUUACCACAACAUCAGCAGCCCCGAAAGCAUUGCACGCUCGGAAAUCCGCGCCCUUGCAGCCCAGACACAACAUCAUUUGUGGGCAAAAGCGAAAGCGACAUAACGAAGACGACGCACUGAGUUAGCAGGGAAAUGUCGAACACUUCCGCAGCCUAGAAAGUGGCGGCAUUUACCAUUGGAAAAGUGCGCCACUGGCGCCUUCGUGAUGGCUGUAGAUCAGCAUUACCUUCGAUCUCUACAGCAUUCAAGGUGUCGCAAUCCAUGUCCUCUUCGACUUCUGCAACUGUAGAAAUGAUACCCUUCCUGUAUGCUUAACACUUAUUUACAUGAAUAGAGUCAAAGCAUGUAUCGACC